AUUGUUUUAAGUAUCUCUUUUGAAUUUGAAUUUAAAGUAGCUUCAUUGGAGGAGCGGCAGUAUUAUACUGACGUAUUUUAUGAGCAUAUAAGUUAAGUAGUCUGCUUUAGCUACUUCAAUCUCGAUGCAAUGCUUUUUGUCUAUGCUGUAUCGUAUCGCAUUAUUAUUGUGCGCUGAGGGGAAAUGAGGGUCGAAAUAGUUGGCCUCUUAUGUUUUAUGCUGCAACUACAUUUUGAUGUUUUAUGGAAAUCCUUUUUAAAUUUGAAGGGAAAAUCGUGGAAAGUCGGUUCCUAAGAGUUGAUGGUGGAGUAAAUCUUAACUGAUGAUCAGUUUAGCGUAAAUUCAGUGAAAAUGAAGACACAUGCUAAUAUGGUGAAAUCGAAAGCAACUUCAAGGGUGAGUAAUCAGCAAGCUGUUUUUCAGCUGAAACAGCGUGUGGCUCUUUCAGUCAACAAGCUCGCGGAUAGGGACACUUACCAACUCGGGGUGGAGGAGCUUGAGAAAACCAUUGAAUGCUUGACUCCCGAUGGGGUUGCUCCUUUUCUAUCUUGCAUAAUAGACACAGAUUUUGAGAAGAAAAGUGCUGUCCGCAAAGAAUGUAUUCGCUUGAUGGGUACUUUGGCAACUUUCCAUGAAGGGCUGAUCGGAUCUCAUCUUGGAAAGAUAGUAGCUAGCAUUGUAAAGCGGCUAAAGGAUUCAGAUACUGUUGUAAGAGAUGCUUGUGUAGAAACAGUUAGUGUCUUGGCUUCAAAAUUGAGUAGUGGUAGAAUGGAGAGUGAUAUCGUUUUCGUCACACUUGUGAGGCCACUUUUCGAAGCCCUGGGUGAGCAAAACAAGCAAAUGCAAACUGGUUGCGCAUUGUGUUUGUCGCAGGUCAUUGACAAUAUUCACGACCCUCCUCCAUUGGUGUUGCAGAAGAUGUUGACAAAGACUAUUAAGUUUCUGAAGAAUCCUCAUUUCAUGGCGAAGCCAGCUGUCAUUGAGUUGAAUAGGAGUAUCAUUCUGGCUGGUGGUGCUCCAUCACAUAGUUCUUUGACUGCUGCACUAACAAGCAUUCAGGAGUUGCUGAAGAACAGCGACUGGACAACACGUAAAGCUGCUUGUGCAGCACUGGGUGAUAUUGCUUCUUGUGGGGCAGCAUGCUUAGGUUCAUAUCGGUUGUCUUGUAUCCGCUCUCUUGAAGCAUGCCGAUUCGAUAAGGUGAAACCAGUUAGGGACAUAGCUUUGCAAGCCUUGCAACUCUGGAAAAAUCUUCCCGGUCCCAAUACAGCUGAACCUUCUGAAGCUGGAUCUUCUGUCAAAGAAACAUCCUAUAGAGAUGACUAUACUGAUGUCACUAGUGCCAGUGACACAACAAGACUGAAGGAUAAUACGUCGAUGAUAUUUGGUAACGGAAUGACUAAGAAAAAUGUUCCUCUCUCUUCUAGAAAAGCUGGUAGGACAUGUAUCGAGAAACCUCAGCAAUCCGGAAGAACUGAUUGGAAAAUAGAUGUUGCAGUUCCAAAGAAUUGUAGUUCAGCAGCAGAGAAUCCAAAUGAUGAAUCUGAGUGUAGUUCUGUUAUCAAGAGAUGUGAAAGAAUAAAUUCUGAUGCCCGAAGUGUUAGUAAUACUAGAUAUGAAUAUGUAGAAGUGGAUGACAAGCAGGAAUAUUCAUCUGUUUCUGAUAUUUUCACCGAAAGCAUCAAAACAAAGGUUGCCACAGCCCAUUGUGAUGCUUUUGACGAUGCCAGUUUGGAGAAGUCAACUGGGACUAGCCGAAGGUUUGCUGUGGAUGAAGGUUGCAUUGAAGAACCAAGAUACUUGGCUAAAUUGCAUGACCGUAGAAGCUUAGAUUCAACAAUUACAGAAACAACUUCACAAACUAUGCAUGGGUGUUGUUUACAAACAGAAAAGGAGAUUGCAUUAAUUAGGAAGCACCUUCUGGAGAUUGAAAAUAAGCAGUCUAGUUUGAUAGAUAUGCUAAAGACAUUUACAACCUCUGUUAUGGAUAGCGUGUCAACUGUCCAGUUGAAGGUCUCGAAUCUUGAACUGGUGGUCGAUAAAAUGGCGCAAGAGCUUGUUCAUGGAGGAAGAUAUUCAGAUGUAUUGGCAGCCAAACUUCUGAAGAGAAGUCCCAGCAUUGCUUCCCCUAGACUUUCUACAUGCACACCAAGGAUGUCUGUAGACAGCAACAAGCAUUCUGCACUGCUGCCAAAACAUGCUGGAAUUUGGGAGGACACAUAUACUAGAAGCAGAAUAAACAAUGCUGGGCGACCGAACUCUGACAUGUGGGCCGAUGCCAAUCUCAAGCCAGUUAAAGGUUUUCCAGGGAAGGCAACUCCUGUAAGUUUUUAUCCAGAAAUUCAUGAAGACCCAAUGAGGAAAAAUGGCGUAUACGAUCCUAAGUCGAGGUUAAACAAGCUGGAAACCAAGAACAGCCCAUGGAAAAUUGUGAAACAGUAUUUCUGUAAUGGGGAUCUGGACUCAGCAUACGCUGAAGCCCUGUCUUCAAGGAAUGAACAACUUCUCUUUGAGCUUCUGGAUAGAACAGGACCUUCUCUUGAGAAUCUAUCAGAAAAAACUGCAAAUGACCUAUUAAGCAACUUGGCCUCGUACCUAAUGGACCAAAGAUUCGUGAGCUCGAUAAUUCCUUGGUUACAGCAGCUUGUGGAUCUCAGUAACAUCCACGGACCAACCUACCUGGUGCUCUCCUCGAAGACGAAGCAAGAAUUCUUAUAUGGAGUCCAGGAGGCUGCCAAAUUGGAGAUAUUCAAUCCUGCGGAGAGAAGAUGCCUUACUGAAAUAGGCAAAAUGUUGUGCCAGUUUUGGGGUUAGACAUUUUUACAUGUUUGAAUCUCUUAAGUGGAGUUCAUUUCUGUAUUGUAAUUCAAAUCAGAAAUCUUGCACGUUAUUUGAUGUGAAGGCUGGGAUCUGAUUUAAUUGGUCGUGUUGAAGUUGUAUAAACAAAUCUAUUGCUCCAGUUUGUGCAAAGUAUGAAGUUGCGCCUCAAGAUUUAGGGGUCAAAAUUUCACAA